AUGGCGGCCCCGUCCCCCGUCGCGUUCCCGAGUCUAACAGACAUCAAGCGGUCGCUCCCGCGCGAGUGCUUCGAGUCGUCGGCGCCGCUGUCGCUCUACUACGCGCUGCGGUCGCUCGUGCUCGCCACGUCGCUGGCCGUCGGCCUCACGUACGCCCUCGCGCAGCCGCUCGUCCAGAGCCUGUGGCCGCUCCGCGCCGCGCUCUGCACGGCCUACGUGCUGCUCCAGGGACUGCUCUUCUGGGGCUUCUUCACGGUCGGCCACGACGCCGGCCACGGCGCCUUCUCGCGCUACCAGCUGCUCAACUUUGCCGUCGGGACGCUCCUGCACGCGCUCAUCCUCACGCCGUUCGAGUCGUGGAAGCUCACGCACCGCCACCACCACAAGAACACGGGCAACAUCGACCGCGACGAGAUCUUUUACCCCCAACGCGCGCCCGACGAGCACCCGGUGGCCCGCCACCUGACGUUCGCGCUCGGCGCGGCGUGGGCCGCGUACCUCGUCGAGGGCUUUCCGCCCCGCAAAGUGAACCACUUGAACCCGUUCGAGCCGCUGUUUGUGCGGCAAGUGGCGGCUGUGACCGUCUCGCUCGCGGCCCAAGCGGCCGUCGCCAGCCUCUCGCUCUACGGCUGCUGGCAACUCGGCCUCCGCACGGUCGCACUGUACUACUACGCGCCGCUCUUUGUCUUUGCUUCACUGCUCGUGGUCACGACGUUCCUGCACCACAACGACGAGGAGACGCCGUGGUACGGAGACGCCCAGUGGUCGUACGUGAAGGGCAAUCUCUCGUCCGUUGACCGCUCGUACGGCGCGUUCAUUGACAACCUGAGCCACGACAUUGGCACGCACCAAGUGCACCACCUGUUCCCGAUCAUUCCCCACUAUAAGCUCAAGACUGCGACCGCUGCGUUCCGUCGGGCGUUCCCGGCGCUCGUGCGCCAGAGCGACGAACCCAUUCUGCAGGCGUUCUACCGCAUUGCCCGACUCUAUGCCAAGUACGGCGUUGUCGACGCAACGGCCACGUCGUUUACGCUCAAGGAAGCGCAGGCGGCCGCGAGGGGCGUAAAGGCUGCGUAA